CGCUUCCCCUUGGUGACGGGGGAGCUCACUCAGGCCAGGGCCAAUCCAGCCCCGGUGAGGGAGGCCUGGGGACCCGCAGGGCCCGGCCACUGGCACGGAGGGCACCCCUGCUCCCGGGGCUCCAGGGGGCUGCCUGCACUGUGCGUCUAUCUCCUCUGGCCCGAGGACCAGGGCUUCUUUCCCAGGGCACUCACUCCCUGGGCACUGGCCCCAAACGCUCCGGCAUAUCCAUCCUCCGGCAGUCCCCAACACUCCACACCAUGCAGGGGCCGCCUGGCGAGCUCCCUUAGGAGUGUUGUCCAGCCUGAUUGGAACCCUGGAGAAGAGGCCCCGCGAUUGAUGAGUUUGCCCUGGACAUUGGUGAACAGGUGAAACGGGAGGCCAACAUGGGGCAGAAGGUCACCGGAGGAAUCAAGACCGUGGACAUGAGGGACCCCACAUACCGGCCCUUGAAGCAGGAGCUCCAGGGUCUGGACUACUGCAAGCCCACCCGCCUGGACCUGCUGCUGGACAUGCCACCUGUGUCCUACGACGUCCAGCUGCUCCACUCCUGGAACAACAAUGACCGCUCGCUCAACGUCUUCGUGAAGGAGGACGACAAGCUCAUCUUUCACCGGCAUCCGGUGGCCCAGAGCACGGACGCCAUCCGGGGCAAAGUCGGGUACACGCGCGGGCUGCACGUGUGGCAGAUCACGUGGGCCAUGAGGCAGCGGGGCACCCACGCCGUGGUGGGGGUGGCGACGGCAGAUGCCCCCCUGCACUCUGUUGGGUACACAACGCUCGUGGGGAACAACCACGAGUCCUGGGGCUGGGACUUGGGGCGCAAUCGGCUCUACCAUGACGGCAAAAACCAGCCGAGCAAAACGUACCCGGCCUUUCUGGAGCCGGACGAGACCUUCAUUGUCCCUGACUCCUUCCUGGUGGCCCUGGAUAUGGACGACGGGACCCUGAGCUUCAUUGUGGAUGGACAGUACAUGGGAGUCGCUUUUCGGGGACUCAAGGGCAAAAAACUGUAUCCUGUAGUGAGCGCUGUAUGGGGCCACUGCGAGAUCCGCAUGCGCUACUUGAAUGGACUCGACCCCGAGCCCCUGCCGCUGAUGGAUCUCUGCCGACGCUCAGUGCGCCGGGCCCUGGGGAAGGAGCGCCUGGGUGAGAUCCACACGCUACCGCUGCCCGCCUCUCUCAAGGCCUACCUCCUGUACCAGUGAUGCUCCACCCGGGACCGCCAGCACGACAGCCCCCUGGUGCCAACUUAUUGAGCCACCACCACACCCCCUGCCUUGGCCCAGCGUCUGCUCUUCCUCUUCAUCCUCCCUGGCUGCCCCACUGGACCCAGACAGCUCUGGACUCGGGCCCCUCUGUCCAAGUCCGGACACUGGCAGGAGUUCCCCGCGUGCCAUCUCAUCGUCCCUCCUUGGAAAAGACACAGAGAACAAACUCUGACGCCAAGCUCCCAUCUGCUCUCGGGGUGGCCUGGGCUGUUCCCCCGCCUGCCGGGUCCCUCAGUGGCGGGGCUGGUGGGAGGUGCCCUGGUGCCCAGAGCGGAUCCCCAGGGUGCUAGAGGUGCUUAGAUGAGGGCCGGUGCCUGCCUAGCGGGGCCCAGCCACGGCGGACGAAGCUCAGGACGUCAGCACCUCACUGCAGCCAUCGAGGCAGAAACCGAAAUGGGACCUUUCGCAGGCACGUGAGCACGCAGCAUCGGUUCCUGGCUGCGGGUGCCCCCGUAUCCUGUAUUUAUUCUUUUACCAGUAACAAAAAAGCCAUUUAUUUAUUCCAUUUAGAAAGGACACCUGGUGUGGGUCACCCUCUCUCUGGAGUGAUCUGUCGCUUCUCUUCCACCUGCCCCUCCCCAGGACGGGUGUGCCGUACCUGUCCUUUUCACUGGCUCGUGACUGUGGUGUGUUCCCACGUGGACACAAGGGUAUCUGUUUUCAUCCCUUGACCUACAGUUUCCAGGGGGCUCUGCUCCGAAGUCCCAGGGGGGCCCCCUCAGGGAGCAUCAGCCUCAUGUGCAAUAUGAGCAUCUGGGGGGCCCAUCUACACCGGAGGCGGAAGCUCCCCGGGUCUCCCCAGGCGGCCGCUUACCGCUCGGGCUUACGCAUCUCUGCACAUGCCUUUCUCCCUGCAUGUCGUCCAUGGGCGUCUGGGUGGGGGUGGGCUUUUGCUUUCCUACCUGAGAUUUGCCACGUGCUUUCUCAGAAGCCCUGGCUUCCCGGGGGACAAACCACGACAAGAGCAUGGGUGGGUCCCAAUCCCCUGAGAGGCCAGGGGCCGGGCAGGCUGAGGGAGACCGGAUCGAGGUCACGUGUCCUAAAAGCCAGUGUGGGUCUCUGCUUGGGGCCCCAUCCGGGCUCUGGGCCCUAGUAGCGCGGCCCCAGGUCUUGAUGGUGCCCCAGAGCCACAGGGGCAGGGUGGGGUGGGGUGGGCAGCCAGCAGGAGAGGGACACCCCCUCCGUUGCACAAGCCCCCCACGUAGCAGACCCCAGCACCUGCCGCCACAGCCACCAUUUCUUCUGUCUCCAAGUCAGCUCCCCUUCUGUUCAUUUCUGUACAGGUACAAUAGAUGACUUUAUUUGUUUAAAAUGUUUAAUAUAUAUGCAUAUAUAUUUGUCUGUAAGAAUUAUGUUUU